AUGCAAGUAGAGCUCUACACCUGCUGCUUUCUGUGCCUUUUGCCCUUCAGCCUUAGUGCCACCAGAAAAUACUACCUCGGUGCAGUGGAACUGUCCUGGGACUAUAUGCAAAGUGACCUGCUCAGUGCGCUGCACGCGGACACAAGCUUUUCUUCCAGGGUGCCAGGAUCUUUGCCACUCACCACGUCAGUCACGUACAGAAAGACUGUGUUUGUAGAGUUUACAGAUGACCUUUUCAACAUUGCCAAGCCCAGGCCACCGUGGAUGGGCCUGCUGGGUCCUACCAUCCAGGCUGAGGUUUAUGACACAGUGGUCAUUGUCCUUAAGAACAUGGCUUCUCAUCCUGUCAGCCUUCACGCUGUUGGUGUAUCCUAUUGGAAAGCUUCUGAAGGUGCUGAGUAUGAGGAUCAGACCAGCCAAAAGGAGAAGGAAGAUGAUAAUGUCAUUCCUGGUGAAAGCCAUACCUAUGUCUGGCAGGUCCUGAAAGAGAAUGGCCCAAUGGCCUCUGAUCCACCAUGUCUCACCUACUCAUAUUUUUCACACGUGGACCUGGUGAAAGACCUGAAUUCAGGCCUCAUUGGAGCCCUGCUGGUUUGCAAAGAAGGGAGUCUGGCCAAAGAAAGGACACAGACCUUGCAGGAAUUUGUCCUACUUUUUGCUGUAUUUGAUGAAGGGAAAAGUUGGCACUCAGAAACAAAUGCGUCUUUGACACAGGCUGAGGCCCAGCAUGAGCUGCACACCAUCAAUGGCUAUGUAAACAGGUCUCUGCCAGGUCUUACUGUGUGUCACAAGAGAUCAGUCUAUUGGCAUGUGAUUGGAAUGGGCACCACCCCCGAAGUGCACUCAAUUUUUCUCGAAGGUCACACAUUUCUUGUGAGGAACCACCGCCAGGCCUCCUUGGAGAUCUCACCAAUUACUUUCCUUACUGCUCAGACAUUCCUGAUGGACCUUGGCCAGUUUCUACUGUUUUGUCAUAUCCCUUCCCAUCAACAUGAUGGUAUGGAAGCUUAUGUCAAAGUAGAUAGCUGCCCAGAGGAACCCCAGCUGCGCAUGAAAAAUAAUGAAGAUAAAGAUUAUGAUGAUGGUCUUUAUGAUUCUGACAUGGACGUAGUUAGCUUUGAUGACGACAGCUCUUCUCCCUUUAUCCAAAUCCGCUCAGUUGCCAAGAAGCAUCCUAAAACUUGGGUCCACUAUAUUGCUGCUGAGGAGGAGGACUGGGACUAUGCUCCCUCAGGCCCCACCCCCAAUGAUAGAAGUCAUAAAAAUCUGUAUUUGAACAAUGGUCCUCAGCGGAUUGGUAAGAAGUACAAAAAAGUCCGAUUUGUGGCAUACACAGAUGAGACAUUUAAGACUCGUGAAGCUAUUCAGUAUGAAUCAGGAAUCCUGGGACCUUUACUUUAUGGAGAAGUUGGAGACACACUGCUGAUUAUAUUUAAGAAUCAAGCCAGCCGGCCAUAUAACAUCUACCCUCAUGGGAUCAAUUAUGUCACUCCUCUGCACACAGGGAGAUUGCCAAAAGGUGUGAAACAUUUGAAAGAUAUGCCAAUUCUGCCGGGAGAGAUAUUCAAGUAUAAAUGGACAGUGACCGUAGAAGAUGGACCAACUAAAUCAGAUCCUCGGUGCCUGACCCGAUAUUACUCAAGCUUCAUUAAUCUGGAGAGAGAUCUAGCUUCAGGACUCAUUGGCCCUCUUCUCAUCUGCUACAAAGAAUCUGUAGAUCAAAGAGGAAACCAGAUGAUGUCAGACAAGAGAAAUGUCAUCCUGUUUUCUGUAUUUGAUGAGAAUCGAAGCUGGUACCUCACAGAGAAUAUGCAGCGCUUCCUCCCCAAUGCAGAUGUAGUGCAGCCCCAUGACCCAGAGUUCCAACUCUCUAACAUCAUGCACAGCAUCAAUGGCUAUGUUUUUGACAACUUGCAGCUGUCAGUUUGUUUGCAUGAGGUGGCGUACUGGUACAUUCUAAGUGUUGGAGCACAAACUGACUUCCUGUCUGUCUUCUUCUCUGGAUAUACCUUCAAACACAAAAUGGUCUAUGAAGACACACUUACCCUCUUCCCAUUCUCAGGAGAAACUGUCUUCAUGUCAAUGGAAAACCCAGGUCUGUGGGUUCUGGGGUGCCACAACUCAGACUUUCGGAACAGAGGCAUGACAGCCUUACUGAAGGUUUCUAGUUGUAACAGGAACAUUGAUGAUUAUUAUGAGGACACAUACGAAGAUAUUCCAACUCCCCUGCUAAAUGAAAACAAUGUAAUUAAACCUAGAAGCUUCUCCCAGAAUUCAAGGCACCCUAGCACUAAGGAAAAGCAAUUGAAAGCCACCACAACUCCAGAAAAUGACAUAGAGAAGAUUGACCUUCAAUCUGGAGAAAGAACACAGCUGAUUAAAGCACAAAGUGUCUCCUCUAGUGAUUUGUUGAUGCUGUUGGGACAGAAUCCUACUCCACGUGGACUGUUCUUAUCUGAUCUCCGAGAGGCCACAGAUAGAGCCGAUGACCAUUCACGUGGAGCAAUAGAAAGAAACAAGGGCCCACCUGAAGUGGCAAGUCUCAGACCAGAGCUCCGUCACAGUGAGGACAGAGAAUUUACUCCUGAGCCAGAACUGCAGUUAAGAUUAAAUGAGAAUUUGGGGACAAAUACAACAGUAGAGUUGAAGAAACUUGAUUUAAAAAUUUCUAGUUCAUCAGACAGUCUAAUGACUUCACCAACAAUUCCAUCAGAUAAGUUGGCAGCAGCUACUGAAAAGACAGGUUCCUUAGGACCCCCAAAUAUGUCAGUUCACUUUAACAGUCAUUUAGGUACCAUUGUAUUUGGCAAUAAUUCAUCCCACCUUAUUCAGUCUGGUGUACCUUUGGAAUUGAGUGAAGAAGAUAAUGAUUCCAAGUUGUUAGAAGCACCUUUAAUGAAUAUUCAAGAAAGUUCACUGAGAGAAAAUGUAUUAUCAAUGGAGAGUAAUAGGUUAUUUAAAGAAGAAAGAAUUCGUGGACCUGCUUCAUUAAUCAAAGAUAAUGCUUUAUUCAAAGUUAAUAUCUCUUCGGUAAAGACAAACAGGGCACCAGUUAACUUAACAACUAAUAGAAAGACUCGUGUUGCUAUCCCAACAUUAUUAAUUGAGAACAGUACCUCAGUCUGGCAAGAUAUUAUGUUAGAAAGGAAUACUGAGUUUAAAGAAGUAACUUCUUUGAUUCAUAAUGAAACGUUUAUGGACAGAAAUACUACAGCUCUGGGGCUAAAUCAUGUGUCAAAUAAAACUACUUUAUCAAAAAAUGUGGAAAUGGCCCACCAAAAAAAAGAAGACCCUGUGCCACUACGUGCAGAAAAUCCAGAUCUAUCAUCCUCCAAGAUACCGUUCUUGCCAGAUUGGAUAAAGACCCAUGGCAAGAACUCCCUAAGCUCUGAGCAAAGGCCCAGUCCAAAACAAUUAACAUCUUUAGGAUCAGAAAAAUCUGUGAAAGAUCAGAACUUUUUGUCAGAGGAGAAGGUGGUAGUAGGAGAGGAUGAAUUUACGAAGGACACAGAACUCCAAGAGAUUUUUCCAAACAACAAGAGCAUAUUUUUUGCUAACUUGGCUAAUGUCCAAGAAAAUGAUACAUACAAUCAAGAAAAAAAAUCUCCGGAAGAGAUAGAAAGAAAGGAAAAAUUAACCCAGGAGAAUGUGGCUUUGCCUCAGGCACAUACUAUGAUUGGCACUAAGAACUUCCUGAAGAACCUUUUCUUACUAAGCACUAAGCAAAAUGUAGCAGGUUUAGAAGAGCAGCCAUAUACUCCAAUACUUCAAGACACCAGGUCAUUAAAUGAUUCGCCACAUAGUGAAGGGAUUCAUAUGGCCAAUUUCUCAAAAAUAAGGGAAGAAGCAAACUUGGAAGGCUUGGGAAAUCAAACAAACCAAAUGGUAGAGAGGUUUCCAAGCACUACGAGGAUGUCUUCUAAUGCAAGUCAGCAUGUUAUCACUCAACGUGGUAAGCGGAGUUUGAAACAACCCAGACUCUCACAAGGAGAAAUAAAGUUUGAAAGGAAGGUUAUUGCAAAUGACACUUCAACCCAGUGGUCCAAAAACAUGAACUAUUUGGCCCAGGGAACCCUCACACAGAUAGAGUAUAAUGAGAAAGAAAAAAGGGCCAUUACUCAGUCCCCCCUAUCAGAUUGUUCUAUGAGGAAUCAUGUCACCAUUCAAAUGAAUGACUCUGCAUUACCCGUUGCAAAGGAAUCAGCAUCUCCAUCAGUUAGACAUACAGAUCUGACCAAGAUCCCAUCCCAACACAACUCUUCUCAUCUUCCAGCAUCAGCCUGUAAUUAUACCUUUAGAGAGAGGACUUCUGGAGUCCAAGAAGGCAGUCAUUUCUUACAAGAAGCCAAAAGAAAUAACCUCUCUUUAGCCUUUGUAACCUUAGGAAUAACUGAAGGGCAAGGAAAGUUCAGCUCCCUGGGGAAAAGUGCCACAAACCAACCCAUGUACAAGAAACUUGAAAACACUGUUCUCUUGCAACCAGGCUUGUCCGAAACAUCUGACAAAGUUGAAUUACUUUCUCAAGUUCAUGUUGAUCAAGAAGACUCUUUCCCUACAAAAACUAGCAAUGAUUCUCCUGGCCACCUGGAUCUCAUGGGAAAGAUCUUCCUUCAGAAAACACAGGGACCUGUUAAAAUGAAUAAAACAAAUAGCCCUGGAAAAGUGCCCUUUCUGAAAUGGGCAACAGAAAGCUCUGAAAAGAUUCCCUCCAAGCUGCUGGGUGUCCUUGCUUGGGAUAACCACUAUGAUACCCAGAUACCAAGUGAAGAGUGGAAAUCCCAAAAAAAGUCACAGACGAACACAGCUUUUAAAAGGAAAGACACCAUUUUGCCCCUGGGCCCUUGUGAAAAUAAUGAUUCAACAGCAGCAAUAAAUGAAGGACAAGAUAAGCCCCAAAGAGAAGCUAUGUGGGCAAAGCAAGGAGAGCCUGGAAGGUUGUGCUCUCAAAACCCACCAGUCUCAAAACACCAUCAAAGGGAAAUAACCGUUACUACUCUUCAGCCAGAGGAAGACAAAUUUGAGUAUGAUGACACCUUCUCAAUUGAAAUGAAGAGAGAAGAUUUUGACAUCUACGGCGACUAUGAAAAUCAGGGCCUCCGCAGCUUUCAAAAGAAAACACGACACUAUUUCAUUGCUGCAGUGGAGCGUCUCUGGGAUUAUGGGAUGAGUAGAUCUCCCCAUAUACUAAGAAACAGGGCUCAAAGUGGGGAUGUCCAGCAGUUCAAGAAGGUGGUUUUCCAGGAAUUUACUGAUGGAUCCUUUACUCAGCCCUUAUACCGUGGAGAACUGAACGAACACUUGGGACUCUUGGGGCCAUAUAUAAGAGCAGAAGUUGAAGACAAUAUCGUGGUAACUUUCAAAAACCAGGCCUCUCGUCCCUACUCCUUCUAUUCUAGUCUUAUUUCUUAUGACGAAGAUGAGGGACAAGGAGCAGAACCUAGAAGAAAGUUUGUCAACCCUAAUGAAACCAAAAUUUACUUUUGGAAAGUGCAGCAUCAUAUGGCACCCACUAAAGAUGAGUUUGACUGCAAAGCCUGGGCUUAUUUUUCUGAUGUUGAUCUGGAGAAAGAUGUGCACUCAGGCUUGAUUGGACCCCUUCUGAUCUGCCGCAGUAACACACUGAACCCUGCUCAUGGGAGACAAGUGACAGUGCAGGAGUUUGCCCUGGUUUUCACUAUAUUCGAUGAGACUAAGAGCUGGUACUUCACUGAAAACCUGGAAAGGAACUGCAGAGCUCCCUGCAAUGUCCAGAAGGAGGACCCUACUCUAAAAGAAAACUUCCGCUUCCAUGCAAUCAACGGCUAUGUGAAGGAUACACUCCCUGGCUUAGUAAUGGCUCAGGAUCAAAAGGUUCGAUGGUAUCUGCUCAGCAUGGGCAGCAACGAAAACAUUCAUUCCAUUCACUUCAGUGGACAUGUGUUCACUGUACGGAAAAAAGAGGAAUAUAAAAUGGCAGUCUACAACCUCUAUCCAGGUGUUUUUGAGACUGUGGAAAUGCUACCAUCCCAAGUUGGAAUCUGGCGGAUAGAAUGCCUUAUCGGCGAGCACCUGCAAGCCGGGAUGAGCACUCUGUUUCUGGUGUACAGCAAGAAGUGUCAGACUCCACUGGGGAUGGCUUCCGGACACAUUAGAGAUUUUCAGAUUACAGCUUCAGGACAAUAUGGACAGUGGGCCCCAAAGCUGGCCAGACUUCAUUAUUCCGGAUCAAUCAAUGCCUGGAGCACCAAGGAUCCCUUUUCCUGGAUCAAGGUGGAUCUCUUGGCACCGAUGAUUAUUCACGGCAUCAUGACCCAGGGGGCCCGCCAGAAGUUCUCCAGCCUCUACGUGUCUCAGUUUAUCAUCAUGUACAGUCUGGAUGGCAACAAGUGGCACAGUUACCGAGGGAAUUCCACGGGGACCUUAAUGGUCUUCUUUGGCAACGUGGAUUCAUCUGGGAUCAAACACAAUAUUUUUAACCCUCCGAUUAUUGCUCAGUACAUCCGUUUGCACCCAACCCAUUACAGCAUCCGCAGCACUCUUCGCAUGGAGCUCUUGGGCUGUGACUUCAACAGUUGCAGCAUGCCGCUGGGGAUGGAGAGUAAAGCAAUAUCAGAUGCUCAGAUCACUGCCUCGUCCUACCUAAGCAGUAUGCUUGCCACUUGGUCUCCUUCCCAAGCCCGGCUGCACCUGCAGGGCAGGACUAAUGCCUGGAGACCUCAGGCAAAUAACCCAAAAGAGUGGCUGCAAGUGGACUUCCGGAAGACCAUGAAAGUCACAGGAAUAACCACCCAGGGGGUGAAAUCUCUCCUCAUCAGCAUGUAUGUGAAGGAGUUCCUCAUCUCCAGUAGUCAAGAUGGCCAUAACUGGACUCUGUUUCUUCAGAAUGGCAAAGUCAAGGUCUUCCAGGGAAACCGGGACUCCUCCACGCCUGUGCGGAACGCUCUCGAACCCCCGCUGGUGGCUCGCUACGUGCGCCUGCACCCGCAGAGCUGGGCGCACCACAUCGCCCUGAGGCUGGAGGUCCUGGGCUGCGACACCCAGCAGCCCGCCUGACCCGCGCCUCUGCGGCCCUGUCUCCCCUGCCUCCCUGCCCUGUCCCCGCGGCUUCCCGGGCCCUGACCCCCACCUCUCCAGCCUGUCCCCGUGGCCUCCUGGGCCCUGUGCCC